UUGAAUAUUUUUAUUAUGUAUUACUUCAAUUUAAUCUAUAGUCUAUUUAACAAUUUAUAUAAAACUUUAUUUUUUACAAUUUUCACCGUCAAACUUAGAUUUAGACUUAGAAAUUUGUCAGACUGACUUUUACCCUUUUGGAUUGACCCAUUUAAAAUAGGGAAUGUUUACAUAAAUUAAUUAGUAAACAAAAAUAUUUCUAUGCCUAAACCACUUAUAUGUUAGAUCAGUUUAGUAUAUGCAAACUAUAUCUAAAGUAAAUAUUAAUACAUAUAAUUCACACUACUAAACAACAACACUGUGUUUAUUAAAUUAUGCUUCGGUAAACAUUUUUACCGAACGCCAAAUUCCGAAACGGACUAACAACAAAAUAAAACCGAACACAAACAUUCGUAUCAUACACACACAACAUCAUUAACAUCGUUUAAACAGACGGUCCCGCAUGAAGCACACAAUUAACCCAGUACCAAACGGCACGCCGUGCUGGAAGCAACAAAUCCAUAGGUGUUAAAUUUUAAAAACCGGCGUCCGCUACGGUUGCCGGGCUACCGGGUUGCGCGCGUCCUCCAUCGAUCAGGCCCUCUCAAAGAACGUCGCGGCGCCCUCGAAAAUGACGGGGCGGACGGCGGAGACGCGCUGAAAAAUGAACGACGCCAACGGUACGGUGCCAUGUCGAAGUACGUCGAGUUCUACAACAUACUGAGGCAUCGGUUUCUCGGACAUGAAGAUGGCACGGCAUCAUCUGCCAGGGACGGAACCGAGGAUGCACAUACGGCCAAAGAGGACGAACGCGUGAUAUUUAUUAACCGGGCACAACCGCCCGUUGUUAAGUUCGUUCACAAUAGAAUAUCUACUGCUAAAUAUAGUGUGAUAAGAUUUAUUCCGUUAUUUCUAUUCGAACAGUUCAGAAGAUGGGCGAACGUAUUUUUUUUGAUGAUAGGACUUCUGCAACAGAUCCCAGAUGUUUCGCCGACUGGUCGAUACACCACUAUAGUGCCUCUUAUUUUUAUACUUUCUGUGUCAGCUAUCAAGGAGAUCAUAGAAGAUAUAAAAAGGCACAGAGCUGAUGACGAGAUCAAUCACAGAGAGGUGGAAGUUUUACGCGGCAACUCCUGGAUCAAAAUCCAAUGGAAGGACGUAAUAGUCGGCGACAUAGUCAAAGUAUUAAACAACAACUUUUUCCCCGCCGACCUGGUGAUCUUAUCUUCAAGCGAACCUCAAGGUAUGUGUUUCAUAGAAACGGCAAACCUGGACGGCGAGACCAAUCUGAAAAUACGUCAGGCAUUGCAGACCACGGCGGUGGCGACCAAAACAGACGACCUGAAAGAUAUGCAAGGAACAAUCGAAUGCGAAGCACCCAACAGGCACCUAUACGAAUUCAACGGCGUCCUGAAGCAAACCAACAAAACGGCUGAGCCCUUAGGACCGGACCAAUUGUUAUUACGUGGGGCGAUGUUACGCAACACCUCUUGGGUUUUCGGCAUCGUCGUUUACACCGGACACGAAACGAAGUUGAUGAGGAAUUCCACCAAGGCCCCCCUGAAACGGUCAUCCGUCGAUAAGCUCACCAACAUUCAGAUUAUAUUGCUGUUCGGCGUUUUGGCAGUGAUGUGCAUUAUUUGUACCGUUUUCAACAUGUUAUGGACCAGACAUCAUGGCUCCAAAGAAUGGUACAUCGGUUUAGAAGAUUCUGGUGUUGACAACGUACUAUUCACGUUUUUGACGUUUCUGAUCCUUUUCAACAAUCUCAUACCUAUUUCACUGCAAGUUACUUUGGAGGUCGUCAGGUUUAUACAGGCAAUUUUCAUAAACAUGGACAUAGAAAUGUACCACGCAGAGACAGACACACCAGCGUGCGCCAGAACGUCAAACCUGAACGAAGAACUGGGCCAAGUCAAGUACAUUUUCUCAGACAAAACAGGAACGUUGACGAGAAACGUGAUGGAGUUCAAGCGAUGCGCCAUCGGCACAGAAAUCUACCCAAUCACCGAAUCAGUAGAGGAAUCUCAAAUGGUCAAGGACCUGAAGGAAAACCACAAGAACGCGGACCAAAUUAAAGACAUGUUGAUACUGUUGUCCGUCUGUCACACCGUUAUACCGGAAAAGUCCCCUGACGGCUCCGUAGUUUAUCACGCCGCAUCGCCGGACGAAAGGGCUUUGGUUUACGGUGCGUCACGAUACGGCUACGUUUUUGAAAGUCGGACGCCCGAUUACGUGCAAAUCGACGCCCUCGGCGUCAAGGAACGGUACGAAAUACUGACGGUGUUGGAGUUCACGUCGUCCAGAAAACGAAUGUCGGUGAUUGUCAGAGAUCCCGAGGGCAAACUGCGAUUGUUCUGUAAGGGAGCUGAUACUGUCAUCUACGAAAGACUUGAGAGCAGAUCUAAACAAGAAAGCGGGGAUAUUUUGUUGCAACAUUUGGAGAGUUUUGCCACUGAAGGUUUGAGGACGUUGUGUUGUGCCGUGGCAGAACUAAAAGAGGCCGAUUUUAAAGAAUGGAAAGAAUUGUACCAUAAAGCGUGCAUUUCAUUGUCCAACAGAGAAGAGAAAAUUGAAGAAGCCGCCAGUCAAAUAGAAAACAACUUGAAACUAAUCGGUGCCACAGCUAUUGAAGACAAAUUGCAAGAAGGCGUUCCUGAAACAAUAGCAGCUUUAUUAAAAGCCGACAUUAACGUAUGGGUUUUAACAGGGGACAAACAAGAAACUGCCAUCAACAUCGGAUACUCGUGCAGACUAAUAUCACAGGGCAUGCAACUGAUAAUCCUCAAUGAAGACGGCUUAGAUAAAACGCGGGAAGCAAUUUUGAAGCAGUGCAACGACCUAGGGGACAGUCUAGAGAAACCGAACGAAAUAGCGCUGAUAAUCGACGGCAAAACGCUGAAGUACGCACUAACCUUCGAGCUGCGCAACGACUUUCUGCGCCUGUGCACCUCGUGCAAGGUGGUGAUUUGCUGCCGAGUCUCGCCGAUCCAGAAGGCGGAAGUGGUCGAGUACGUGACCAAACACACACACACAGUGACGCUGGCGAUCGGAGACGGCGCCAACGACGUGGCAAUGAUCCAGAAGGCGCACGUCGGUGUCGGAAUAUCUGGCGUCGAGGGCCUGCAGGCCGCCUGCGCAUCCGACUACAGCAUUGGACAGUUCAGGUUCCUGCUGCGCCUGUUGCUGGUGCACGGCGCCUGGAACUAUUCGCGCAUGUGCAAGCUGAUCCUGUACAGUUUCUACAAGAACAUCUGUCUCUAUGUGAUCGAACUGUGGUUCGCCAUUUACUCCGGUUGGUCCGGUCAGAUUUUGUUCGAAAGAUGGUCUAUUGGGUUGUACAACGUGCUGUUCACGGCGUUGCCCCCGUUAGCCAUGGGGUUGUUCGAUCGAGAGUGCAGUGCUCAGCAGAUGAUGGACAAUCCACAUUUGUACAAACAGUGGCAGAGUGGCCAACAGUUCAACAUCAAGGUGUUUUGGAUGUGGAUGAUUAAUGCGUUGAUCCAUUCGGCUAUAUUGUUCUGGGUGCCGAUGUACAUGAUGGACCAUGACAUCGUUUGGAUGAGCGGCAUGGAUGGCGGUUAUUUAGUUUUUGGCAACUGCGUUUAUACGUAUACUGUAGUUGCAGUAUGUUUAAAGGCAGGGCUAGUGAUGAGUGCAUGGACUUGGUUAACCCAUUGCGCCAUUUGGGGUUCGAUACUUCUUUGGUUCGUGUUUGUGAUAAUUUACAGCUUUGUUUUUCCGACGAUACCUGUUGGUGCCGUCAUGAGCGGCAUGAUCUUUUUACUGUUCUCAACGGCUGUUUUCUGGUUCGGCUUCUUCUUGUUGCCAGUCAUUACUCUGAUACCUGACAUCAUUUACAAAGUUAUACAAAAAACGAUAUACAAAUCGCCGACGGACCAAGUACGGGAGCACCACAUGCGGGGUAACGGUGUGGAGAGUGGUGAGGCGAAGAACUCCAGAGCUGGAGCUUCAACAUUGAUAAUUAUUGAUCCAAGUUCGAGUUCAAGUGAAGAAUCGUUUCAUUCUGUUGCCGAAUCAGCCACAGAAUUAACCUUUGCGAAUGUGUCAAGUGGAGAUGGUAACAGACAGGAUAAAGACAAAUCAAAAACUUUAUUUAAUAUCGAUAACGAAUCGAAGAAACAGAAAUGAGAUAAGGUAACGAAUUAUUCGAGCGCUUAAUAAUAUUAAACAGAAUUCGCUGAUAUUUUAUAAUUUCUUUAUACAUAAGCACAAAGUAUUAUUAUACGAGUUUUUACCUUCCAAAAACACAAAUUUCGAAAAAUUUAGGCCAGUGAGCGUUAGGUUGAAAUGCGGUUACAGACUAUCGGAGACUGCCAGGUUGUUGAAGAACGUAUUUUCAAGAAGAACGCCAAGGAUCGAUUUAGAAGUUGAGCUGUCACGUAAGUAUUAACUUUAACACAACCCUACACUCGGCUUCAGCCGCACUGAUACCCAAAUUUUGCCAACUAACAAUUCCAUACUAAAUUUUGAGCGCAAAUCAGAUACUGAUCCUUCAAAAAAAUUGUUUAGAACAAGAAUAUUAACUACAUGUUGUAGAAUGUUACAGUGUGUUCUUCAUAAAAACGUUUUAAAAUAAUACAAAUUACUAAAUAUAAAAUUUUAUUUACUUCAUUUUAAUCUGAGUUAGUUUAGAGUAUUGUAAAAAGUAUCAGUAUUGAUUCACAUUGUAAAUAAUGCAUGAAGCUAACAAAUAAUAUAAACAACUAAUACUUUUUGUUAGUUAAAAAUAUUGACAGAAAUAUAUAGUCUUAAACAACCUUUACUAUUAUUCCAAAAGUAUCUCGUCUUGUCAAUAUUUUUACGAUUAAUAUUGGUUACCCAAAAGCUAGUUUUUGGGUGACUGAAGCAAUAUACCCAAAUUUAACAUUUUUCUUGGAUAGAUGGAUUCGCGUUCUCUCAAGAAGAAGGUGGUGUUGUUUCCCAGACGGCGAUUAUUCGAGCAUAUGACACCAACAUACCAAAACCGGACGGGAUGUAAUCGAAAGAAAAAUUGAAUAUGCCAAAUGAUUUGCUUAUUGAAGAUGAUGUUAUAACUACGUGUUCAUAAUAGAAUUUGUUAAGUGAAACUUGUAUAAAUUUUAAUUCAUACUUUUUUAUAAUCGGUGUUGUUAUAUUGUUUGUUUUUAAUCAAUAAUGAAGUCCAGAGGAUGUGACAAAAUGUAAGAAUGUAUACACGUUUCACUGGUUUAAUUAAUAAAGAAAUCUUGUGUCAAAUACAACAAUCACUGAAUAGAAAAUUCACUUAUUGAUGUGCCUUUCUGUAUUUUGUUUAAAACUAAUUGAUUAAUUUCAAGAUUUGUGAUUUUGCGGGAACCUUCACUUAAUAUUGUACAUCGUUAGCUGGAGUAUCUAUUUCUUGAUAAGAUGUCGGUUCCUGACAAGUUAAUUAAGACAUGUAGCCACUCAGUGUUAUCAUUAGGAAAAAGUCAGAAAUAUUUUUACCGAAUCUCGGGUAACGACCAUAAAAUGUACUUAAGCAAUUAUUUUGUUAUUACGUUUUUAUUUAUCAUUGCUGAUCAUUACAAAUAUGAAGCUAAUGCAGUUUUAGGACAUAAGAAAUAUUUAUCAACAGACGAAUUUGCAUUAUUUAGAUUUAUAUAUAUAAAUUAGUAAUUAAUUAUGAUACAUAUUAACUUAUAGUUCAUUGCAUUUUAAAUUAAUUUUCUGUUUGCUUGUUACUGUUAUAUUUAAUAUUAAAAGGGUUAUUCUAACUCAUGACACAGCUAAACUGCUAAGAAAUUAUUACGGCAAUAGUAUCACUGCAAUUAUUAACAAAAUUUAUAUAUUUUUUACUAGUUAAAGUGUGUCAUGCAUAAGAAUAAUUAGAAAUUCGUUUUACACCUGUUAAUUUUUAGUUUAUGUAUAUACCUAUACAUGUUAUCAAAAAAAUGAAACAACACUAUUUGAAGUUGGCACAUAAACUAAUUAUUAUUAAUUGUUGAUAUAUUUUUGUUGUUUAAUAAAUGUCGUAUAUUUGGUAUAUACAA